UCCGAUCGACAAUAGCGGCGACUCCUACAGGUGUAAAAAUGGCGGAUAAAAUGUCGGUUGUAUUUUUACUUUUCGGCGUUCUUUUAACAGCACAAGUCUUUAAUGUAACCGAGGCAGGUUACAACCACAAUGUUGCAUUUAAACCCGAAUGUGAGCGUCGAGGUGACCAAAUCCCCAGCAAGUGCGUCUACAACUUUACCAUCGACUACCGUAUGACAGGGGUGUGGUACAACGAGAGAAGAAACACCGGGAAACCCGUCUUUAAGACUGAUGCUAAACCUGACCAGUAUUUCUACGGGGAACAAUAUAACUGUUCAAAUAUCUCGAUGUCUGAGUCUGAUCUUGAUGACGUCAUAAUGGCAGACGGAAGCUACCGUAGAAUUUACACCAUCAACGGUCAGUUUCCAGGGGAGACAAUAGUUGCGUAUAACGGGACACAGUUGAUUAUCAGUGUAACUAACAAUCUAGAAGAAGAGGGCGUGUCCAUCCAUUGGCAUGGCAUCGUGCAGAGAAACACGCCAUACAUGGACGGCGUGGCCCGCAUAACCCAAUGUGCAAUCAACCCUGGGGAGACAUUCGUCUAUAGGUUUGUGGCGUACCCCCCCGGGACACACUGGUACCACGCCCACUUGGGCAGUAUGAGAACAGACGGGCUGUAUGGAGCACUGAUCGUCAUUGACCCUGAGGAAGAAAGAACUAGGGCAAGGAAAGAGACAGACAUGACACUGAUGCUGAGUGACUGGUUCUCCACAGAUACCUCCACCAUGUCUUCCAGUGUCAUCUGGGAAUUGGAACGCUUUGCCCCCUUCUUGCAGAGUUCGGACAGUUUUACACAAUCAUCUUGUUUUUAUCAAACCAAGCAGCACGAUGGGACAGACAUAGGAGUUUGGCCAGUGCAGUCCAUUCUUAUCAAUGGAAAAGGCACCGUGUGCGAUGCCACUAGAGAUGUGACGGUGGGUGGUUACCGUUGUAACAACAGACUGGAGGAAUUCGUUGUCCCCAGACAUAAGAAAAUACGAAUUCGGAUCAUCAAUGGUGCCGCCCAGUAUUCUCUCCGGGUAUCCAUUGACAGCCAUUCAAUGACAGUAGAAGCCCUGGACGGUAAUCGUAUACAAGACAUGGAGGUGGUAGAUUAUCUCAUAAUCCACACUGGCGAGAGAUAUGAUAUAGAGGUCGCCACUGACCAAUACAGGGAGCAUCCCAUACAACCCGUCAAUGACGGACAUUUCUGGAUAAGAGUUGAGUCUUUGGAAGAAGCAGACCAGUUAAAACCAAUUAUCAAUCCCAAAACAGGCUGGGCAAUUCUGAAGUAUGAAGGAAGUCCCAGCAGAGCGAAGCCGUUCACCACACCCAAGCAAUGCCCCCAGUCCAACCCAUGUGAGGUGCUCAACUGUCCUUUUAGGGACUACCGACCCGUGGGAGGCAAUUAUUACACCUGUAUCCCAAUAAGCCAGACCAAAGCUCUCGGCAGCAUUAUCGACAGGUACCCCGUCCCCAUGCCCACCUCUGAUGACGACUUCCAACAGAUAUUCCUCAACUUUCAUUUCUCAGGUUCCAACGCAGUGCGAUCAUCAAUCAACGGCCAUUUGUUUCGCUUCCCAAGGGUUCCCCCGCAGUUGUAUCCGGACCAGGAUCCUCUCUAUGAGUGUGAUGAGCCCUGUACAGGAGAUUGCUACUGUACGUAUUCAGAGAAACUGAAGUUAAACAACGUCAUACAGAUCGUCAUAAUGAACAUGGGGAUAGGUCAGCCGGGAACCGCUCAUCCAGUCCACAUUCACGGCCACCACUUCCACGUGCUCAAGAUAGGCUACCCACAAUACGACAGCGACUUCCGGUUCCUGGCCGACACCGACGAUAUCAGGUGUAAGGACCCCUUCUGCAGCAGCGCUGAGUGGAGCGAUGCCACCUGGGAUGACUACACAGUAUGGAACAACACUGCCAGGCGAAUUAGACCGCCUGAUGUUAACGCCAACGCCAACACUAACACCAGUGACGUCGGGGCAGGUGACGUUGGAGCAGGUGGCGUCGGGGCAGGUGGCGUCGGGGCAGCGGAGCCGUGGAUUCCGGAGAUAAACGUGAUCGACCCGCCCUUGAAGGAUACCGUGGUCGUACCGGUAGGAGGGUACGUGGUGGUUCGCUUCCGGGCGGACAACCCAGGCUGGUGGUUUGUUCACUGUCAUAUAGAGGUCCACACAGUAGAAGGGAUGGCUAUGGUCCUCCAGGAGGGGGAACAGUCAGAAAUGCCCCCAGUACCCAGUAAAAUCCCAAAGUGUGCCAAUUUCGAGAUGAACGAUAAAGAGUUCGACGAGGCACUGCAAUGGAAACCAAAUGUCGCUAAUCUAGGGAGCUCGAAAGCCUCUGGCGCAGCGGCUACUCGUUUUCAUAGUCUCCCUCGUCUACUAAUACCUACAUUAUGUUUUCUAUACAGUUGGUAGAUGAUUUGAAAUGAAAGGACUAUCAUCUAUCCCUCAAGUCAAUUAGACGUGAUUGGAUGGGCCUCUACUACAUGACAACGCACUGUGUUGAUAAAAACAUCCGGGAAGUAAUGUUUUACUAUUCAGAGAAGAAUUUCA